AUGGUGAAUCCAGCUAAGACGGAUUGGAGUGUAAAAAUAAAUGAUGCUCUAUGGGCAUAUCGUACGGCAUACAAAGCACCACUUGAACUUGAGGAAAUUCGUAAUGAUGCUUAUGAGAGCUCUAAGAUUUACAAAGAAAAGACCAAAGCCUUUCAUGAUCAAAAUAGAAUUAUUCGAAAGACGUUUGAUGUGGGACAAAAAGUAUUAUUGUAUCAUUCUCAUCUUGAACUCUUUCCGGAUAAGUUAAAACCCCAAUGGGUUGGACCUUUCAUAGCGGUACACCAUUAUCCUCAUGAAGCGGUGGAAAUUACAAGUCCAUCAACGGGAAAAAUACUCAAGGUUAAUGGUCAGAGAUUGAAGCCUUAUUAUGAGUCUAUUGUAGAGGAACAAGCUACUGUGAUUCACCUCUUUGACCUAGAAUAUGUUGAUGAAGUAUGA